CUGGAGUUCCACGCCAACAACACGUCUAGAAUUGAAGAACGGAAGAUCGCCGCUUCGCUAUGUCAAGACGCCAUAGCCGCAUGCGAGGCUGGGCAUGCUCGGAGAGUAUGGGCCUUGGGUUCACUGAGUUCGAUCAUCUAUCGGAGCUUCGAGGAACUUGGUUCAGCAAACUAUCUCGACGAAGCCAUUGAAGUACAGCAGCGUGCACUAGCAGAAAUGCUGCCGUACCAGAGUCAAUACAAGCAUCGGCAUCUGCGUCGCCUUGGCUGGUACCGGUCUCGUCGUUAUGAAUCAUUGGGUGAUGUGCAUGACCUCGAACAGGCUAUUUCUGCUCUUGAGGAGGCCCUGAGACUCUGCCCCGCCACGCACAUCGACAGGGGAGGGAUAAUGAGCUAUAUGCUCGCGCCGUUGUAUCUUAAAUCACUCCAGUCAGGGAACCUCGAUGAUAUGGACAAAGCUAUUCAACUUGGCCAACAAGCACUCCAAAUCUUCCAUUCAUCUAAUCGCCAUCCGUCUCCAUCAGUCUUAAAUACAGUGGCUAAUCUCUUGAAUGUUCGCCACCAGCUCAUGUUAUCCAACACGGACGGACACGAUGUCAAUGAGUCGGUCAAAUUACUCAGGGAAUGCUUCGCAGUCACGCCUCCUCAAGCCGCGUCCAGAUGGCAGGUAAAUCUCAACCUUGCCAAUACUUUGCGUUUGCGAUUUGCCUGGAGCGGACACCCGGAUGAUUUGGAAGAAGCGAUACAGCUAAGUCGAACAUCUGUGGAUGCCCUUCCAAUUAGCCACCCGCAUCGGCAAUACUCUGCGCGGAACUUGGCAGAUGCAUUGAUUCUUCGCUUCAACGAAGGUAGAGAAAUGGCGGAUCUCGAUGAAGGCAUUGAAUGGGAUCGCCAUGCCUCGAAGAACAUACCUUCUACACACUUGGAUUACAGCGCAGCGGCUCUCAACUUUAUCUCCCAUCUGUGCACGCGAUUCGAGAUCCUGAAGACGACGAAGGAUUUGGAUGAGGCCGUUCUACGCGCUGAAGAAUUACUCGACGUACUGCCCAUGGAUAAUAUUAACAGAGCCGAAGCGGCUAACCAUUGGGCCAAUGCGUUACUGCUGCGUGGUCAAUAUUGGGACAAUAUCGGCGACGUGGAACGUGCUAUUCAACAGUUGGAGCUGAUUGUUAGCCAACCCCUGCACCCUAGCCAUGCCACGCGUUCUCUACGAAUGUUUGCCAAAUGUCAUUUGACAAGGUUUCGCUUGACUGCGGAUCCCACCAAUGCUAUGCGCGCGUGGAAUAUAAUGACCGACCUCUCGGCAAGGGCCAGCGACUUCUAUACCAUCAGCGAUCGCACAACGUCGUUGCAGCUCCUUGACGUCUAUGACCAGAUAAUCGGCCUCCUCCCUCGUGUCGCAUUCUUCGGCCUCCACUUGCGAUCGCGACUCCGGUCCUUAGCCGCAGGCCAAGAGGUAACUCUUGCAGGGGCAUCCCACGCGCUGAACCUGGGAUUUCCGGAGAAAGCACUAGAGAUGCUUGAACAAGGUCGCUCGGUCUUUUGGACUCACAGUCUACGCCUGCGCUCUCCUUUCGAUGACGUGCCAGAGUCAUACCGAAGUCGCCUAUCGGCCUUGGCACGACAGCUCGAGCGUGUCAACGAUCAUUCGGAUCAGGAUUCCCGAGUCAUGGAGGCAGAAGCCAUUCAGAGGAGGCGACAGACAGACGAGUUCAAUUCGCUCCUCGCAGAAGUGCGUAAUCUGGAGGGCAUGGGGCGUUUUCUUCUUCCGGACGAAUUUUCGUCACUGGCAAGGACUGCGGAGCGGGGCCCUGUCGUAGUGCUGGUAUCUAGCAUGAUAGCCUGCCAUGCCAUCGUUAUCAAGCAGUCCGGCGACGCAAUCAGCAUACCACUCGUGCAUUUGACAGAGACAUGGCUCGUUAGCUCUGGCGCAUUAUGGCGGUCGGCUAUGGCGGACGCAAGGUCAGCUCUCAGAGACCGUAUGUCAUUAUCCGCCCUCGCGUGUCCAUGCACGAGUUCACUUGCAACCAUGCAGCCGGCCAAGGGUCGCCUUCGUCCCCGCAUAUGGUGGUGCCCCACGGGACAGUUCAUGCACCUUCCACUCCAUGCAGCGGGCUUUGAGGGUACAUGGUGUUCAGACUAUAUUGUAUCAUCCUAUACGCCAACCCUCGGUGCCCUGCUCGAUGCUCGUAGAUCGUUCACGCCAGUGAAGAAGCACGGCAUUCGAGCGCUGGUCGUGGCCGUCCCGCGGCCGGACAUGGAGGGUUGGAGUGACCUCCUUUCUACGUGCGAGGAAGUUGGUGUCAUUCGCGCGAUACUUCCCGUAGAGGCGAACGUCCCAAUCACAUUUGCGGAUAAUGUUAACGAUGAAGGUGUUAGAGGGGUAACGGCCGAGGAACUGGUGGAGAAACUACCUCAUGCGACAAUCUUACACCUCGCGUGUCAUGGCCAUCAACACUCGGAGGACCCGUUACAGAGCGGAUUCGUGAUGCAAGACAAGAUGCUGACGAUAGAGAUGCUGAUGCCAAUCCCUCUUCCGCACGCGUUCAUGGCGUUCUUGAGCGCCUGCGAGACCGCUAGAGGAGAUAAGGUAAGGCUCGAGCGGGAUCAGCCGGAUCAGGCCGUCCACCUGGCGGCGACCUUGCUAUUUGCCGGAUUCAAGAGCGUGAUUGCUACACUGUGGUGA